GGUUAAAGGGGCUGUGCGCUUGCGCGCCGACGUCACGGCUGGUGUAUGGUGGCAGCAGCGGGCGCAGUGUGAGGAGAGGCGGGGAGUCAGCUCAGGGUUCUCGGUGCUGGAGGAGGACGGGACCGGCGCUCUUCUCAGUCUGUACCGCGGGCGGUGUGUUCUCGGCUGACGCCGGCCUGGAUGGGAGGAGCACGGUUUCCCUGAUCGGAGAGGUUCGGGAAAGGUUUCCAAGCAACCAUGGCAUCUUGGUGAUUAAACAAAGGAAGUGACUCCCACACAAUGCAAUUUCUGGAUGCCGGAAGUUUUUUAUGGCAGCAGGUGGCGACAGACAGGGUUGCAGAAAAAUUGAGUUCUACUCUCUCAUGGGUGAAGAACACAGUGUCACACACUGUCAGUCAAAUGGCCAGUCAAGUGGCGAGUCCAUCAACUUCAUUACACACUACGUCCUCCACCCUGUCUACACCAGCACUUUCCCCAUCUUCUCCGGUACAGCUAAGUCCAGACGAAGUAGAGUUGUUGGCGAAGCUAGAAGAACAGAACCGGCUGCUGGAGAUAGACACGAAGUCUUUGCGAUCCGUUAAUGGCUCAAGAAGAAAUAGUGGCUCCUCGCUGGUGUCGAGCUCCUCAGCGUCCAGUAACCUCAGCCACCAUCAGGAAGAAGAUGCCUGGCUGCUCUGGGGGAGAAUCGUCAAUGAGUGGGAGGAGGUCUACAAGAAGAAGGAAAAGCAGAUCAAGGAACUUGUCAGGAAAGGCAUCCCACAUCACUUUCGUGCCAUUGUAUGGCAACUAUUAUGCAAUGCCCAAGAUAUGCCAAUUAAAGAGCAGUAUUGUGAUCUCCUGAAAAUGACCUCGCCGUGUGAAAAACUCAUCCGGAGGGACAUUGCCAGAACGUACCCAGAGCAUGAUUUCUUUAAAGAGAAGGAUAGUCUUGGGCAAGAAGUUCUGUUCAAUGUCAUGAAGGCAUAUUCUUUAGUGGACCGUGAAGUUGGUUACUGCCAGGGAAGUGCUUUUAUUGUGGGUCUUCUUCUUAUGCAGAUGCCGGAAGAAGAGGCAUUUUGUGUUUUUGUUAAAUUAAUGCAGGACUAUCGUCUUCGGGAGCUCUUUAAACCCAGCAUGGCUGAGCUGGGCCUGUGCAUGUAUCAGUUUGAGUGCAUGAUUCAGGAACAGUUGCCAGAAAUAUUUGUGCACUUUCAAGCCCAGAGUUUCCAUACCUCUAUGUAUGCAUCUUCUUGGUUUUUGACUAUUUUUCUUACCAGUUUCCCUCUACCGAUCGCCACUAGAAUAUUUGAUAUAUUUAUGUCUGAGGGCUUAGAAAUUGUGUUUCGGGUAGGCCUUGCAGUUCUUCAGAUGAACCAGGCAGAAUUAAUGCAGCUGGAUAUGGAAGGGAUGUUACAGCACUUUCAGAAGGUCAUUCCACGUCAGUUUGACGGCGGUCCUGAGAAGCUAAUACAAGCUGCUUAUCAAGUGAAAUACAAUGCAAAAAAGAUGAAAAAGUUAGAAAAAGAGUACACUACAAUAAAAACUAAGGAGAUGGAGGAGCAAGUUGAAAUCAAGAGGUUGCGCACUGAGAACAGGCUCUUGAAGCAGCGUAUUGAAACCUUAGAGAAGGAAAGUGCAUCCUUGGCAGAUAGAUUGAUCCAGGGACAAGUGACAAGGGCCCAGGAGGCAGAGGAAAACUACCUCAUUAAGCGGGAGCUGGCUACCAUGAAACAGCAGAAUGAUGAAUCCGGCUGUAAGCUGGAGCAAGCUCACCAUGCCAUCAGCGAGCUGCGGCAACAACAGCAAUUGCAUAAGUGUAGUCCUCGCUACUCUGAGGAGUUUGUGCUGCAACUAGAGAAAGAGCUGGUCCAGGCACGGCUAAAAGAGGCGGAAUCCCACUGUGCCAUGAAGGACAUGCAGGACAAGAUACUGGAAAUCGAGAAGAGAAAUAGUUCCUUGCCAGAUGAGAACAACAUUGCGAGACUUCAAGAAGAACUUAUUACAGUGAAGAUAAGAGAAGCAGAAGCCAUAACCGCCAUGAAGGAGCAGAGGCAACAGAUCAAAGACUUGGAGGAUCAUUGGCAGAGACAUUUAGCGCGCACCACUGGCCGAUGGAAAGAUCCACCCAGGAAGAACACGGUGAAUGAGCUGCAGGACGAGCUGAUGAGUGUGCGUCUUAGAGAAGCGGAGAGGCAGGCGGACCUGCGAGAAAUAAAACAGCGGAUGAUGGAGCUGGACACUCAGAACCAGAUAAACAGCAACCAUCUCCGACGAUCAGAGAAGGAGGUCAACAGUCUACAAGCCAAGGUGCAACAUCUGACCACCGAAAACAAGAGCCUGCAACAUCAGCUGUCUGAAGCCAAACGAAAGCAGGCAGAGAUCGAGUGCAAGAACAAGGAGGAAGUGAUGGCAGUGAGACUCCGAGAAGCAGACAGUAUUGCGGCUGUGGCUGAACUCCAGCAGCGUAUAGCAGAGCUAAGAUUUCAGAAAGAAGAAGGGAAAAUUCAAGGACAACUCAACAACUCAGACUCCAGCCAGUACAUUCGUGAGUUAAAAGAUCAAAUUGAAGAAUUGAAACAGGAGAUUCAGUAUCUAAAAAGUCAGAAGGGCCUCCAAGGCCAACACGCUUUUGACGGGAUCCAUAUCGUCAAUCACAUCAUUGGAGAUGACGUGUCCUUCCAUUCCUCCGAUGAAGACUUUGCCACCAGCUCACUACAGCGGGGGGGUCACUACGGCCUGGCCAACAAGCACGGAAAGAUGGUUUUGGUUCCUUCUGAUCUGGAGAGCAGCGACAGUGAUCCGGAAGAACUGGCGAUCAUUACUGAUUCCAAUGGCGUGGUCCCAAAACCGAUGGCAAAAAGAACAGAGUCUUACUCCACUACAGUUUGAUCAUCACUGUGACUUUUUUAUUUUAUUUUUGGAACCAGACGGUCAUGACGAUUGUUACAAUACGAGGACCAUCUUACAAUCUGCAGAUGUGACUGGCCCAGCAUGUACAGAACUUCUACUUGCCUUCACUUGCCUUUUGCCAAAUGCUCAUCAUUGCCAUACACUAGACGAAGAUGUUCAAUGGACAUGUUUGUUAUAGCAGUAUUAUCAGAAAAAUGCAUUUCCUUUUGAAUGUUUCUUAUUUUAGAUCAAAGCAGGUGUUAUUUCAGAAAGUUUAGUACAUACCAGAUGGAGACCAUUGAUAUUGACCCGUCUGGUCAUCCUUUCUUUCACCUGUGCAACUGAGAAACCUGUGCAAUAUUUGAUGCCUGUUGAACAAAAUGUAUUUUUGUUAAUGUGUGGUCAAAUGUAUGGUUUGGACAUAUCACACGGUGUAAUCCUGAAACCCACCAGCUCAUCAGUGCAAUGGAGGCUGAAGAUGGCUUGCUGCAUUACAGCCCCUAGGGCUGAAGUUAGAAAACAUGGCUUUGGGCAUCAUAUCUGAUGUUUGUAUUUGUACUAAAGUUUUGGGUUUUUUUUAAAGUUCAGAGGACACUAAAUGAAGUCUUGGAUAGAGACGCAUACAACACUCCAGUAAAAUAAUAGAGGUACGGUAAGAGCAGAUCUCAGGGUCUUUGGUUCGGCACAGGCUUUUACACUGUCUUCAUUUGUGUGUGCAGCUCCCCCAUGGGCUGCAUACAUACAGAUGAAUGUUCGGCGGCUCAUUCUGAAAUCUUCAUAAAAUAUUUGCCAGCUGGGUCUGCUACCCCCCCCCCCCCCCCCCCUAUUUAGGUGAAUGGAACUGAGCUUGACAAAGCUCAGACUAGUGGGACGCUGUUUCUGGAAAGGAAAAAAAGUGGACCCUUGAAGCACAGCUGUCCUCUAACAGAAUACCCAGGUUCUGCUUUUGGUGGCCUGGUUCAAAAGUCUUGUUAACUUUUUGGUUGCCCUGUGUAAUAAGCCCAAAGUGUUAAAAAAAAAAAAAAAAAAAAUGUUCUUCCCUCUAAAAACGGGUAUUCCUUGUUCAUUAUAUGGAUCAAUAGGCUAAACAUAUCUGAUCAGUGCAGGUCCGACUCUUAGCACGCUGCUGAUAAGCUGUUUGAAGGGCUUGUGGUGCUCAUUAGAAAACUGCAGCCUUUUCAAUAUUAACCUCCAUGCGUCAACCUAGUAGUGGGAGUGUGGGGUUAAUAUAGCUUUGUUCCAUUCAUUCGAGUGGGAUAAAGCUGUAAUUACCAGGCACCUCUGCUACUAUGUAGGGGAUGUGCGGGUCAACUUUGAAGAGGCUGGAGCACUAGCACCAUGGCCCCUUUAGACGGUUGAUUGGUGGGGAUGUUGAGAGUUGGUCCCAACAAUCUCAUAUUGAUGGCCCAUCCUGAAGAUAGGUCAUGAAUGGUGUGAAGCCAGCACACCCCUUUUAAUAGGUUAUCCCAUCGGGCCAUUUAUGGCAUAUUCACAGUAUGUCAUAAAUGUCCAAUACGUGCAGGUUCCACCUUGGGGACCCAUUUCUAUCUCGAAACCAGACCUUCCACAAAGCAUAGGAUGGAAUUUUCUAAUUGUGCUUUCACAUAAUGUUUGGUGAUCCAGAGCCGCUCCAAUCGGUAAUGCAGGAUGCCAGAAGCUGGAUGCAUUGCACCUGACGUCCCCUUCAGUGCUUUAUGGGCUCAAAUGGGGCUUGGCGCUGGAUCUUUCAACUAUUCGGGUUGAAAAAUACUGCAGUCAGUGUUUUUUGAUCCAGUGCAGCCACGCCAGGGGGAAACUACACUGGAUUACCUUAAUUGCGAAUCUUCAAUUCAGCAUAUCCGUUUCCAGUUUGCCAUUCCAAUGUCCAGACCAUUCCAUGUCCCAUCUCCCCCAGUGUUUCUCAUGGAGUCUGCAAAGAGAUUUUCUUUUUUAGUCUAUACUGCUACAGUCAGUCUGUUGCAGGUGAUUUUAAAUAUGAACUCUAUGGAAAUGCAUUUGAAGAUCACUGUGCAGUAGCAUAAAAAUGUCUUAAAGCUGCAAAAUGAGACCAAAUGUCAGUGAUUUUAUUUUAUGCCUUUUUUUUUCUAUUUUUUUUUUUUUAGUUGUGUGUUUGUUUUUGAUGUUAUUAACAGGUCAGUUAGUGUUACUUGUGAGAUAUUUUGUACAUAAAUAUACAUAUUUCAUGCCUAAGGUGCAUAAUGCACAUUGUUUUUUUUACUGAGAUUGUAAAUCUUGAAUUAUAACAGAUUCUUGUAUCAUAAGAGAGGUAAAAAAAAAAAGCCUUUUCUCUUUGUAAAUAGAAUGAUGUACGACACUAAUCAUAUCUUUGUGAAAUAGGUCCAGAACCAUGCAUUGCAUUUCACAUUAGAAAUGUCAUCACUUUACAGAUGCUCGAUAAAACACUAUUGACGGAAAUCUUUUAACAUAUAAAUAUAUGUAUAUGUAACUAAAAUAAAUUUUUUCAUGAU